AUGUACACGCCUAGAAGCAAUGGCAGCAGGAGAAGCAGCAGCAGUAAAAGGCCGGAUAUUCCCUACCCUGCUAGCAGCAGCGACAGCAGCAGCAGCAGCGGCGGCGGCAGCAGCGGCGGCAGCAGCAGCAGCGGCGGCAGCAGCAGCAGCGGCGGCAGCAGCAGCAGCGAUCCUUCACGGGGACGCCCCCGCAGCAGAAGCAGCAGCAACAACAAAAAUAUUCCUUUAAAGGAACACUGCAGCAGCAGGAGCUGCAGCAGGGGCAACAGCAGGAGCUGCAGCAGGAACUGCAGCAGCAGCAGCAGCAACAAAGAUCGUAGUAGCAGCAGGAGCUGCAGCAGAGGGAGCAUCAGCAAGAAGCUCAGCAGCAGGAGCAGCAGCAAGAACCCCAUGAGCAGCAGGAGCAGCAGCAAGAACAACAUGAGCAGCAGCAACUGCAGCAGCAGAUCUAAGGAUGACAAUUCUGAAUGCGACAGCAGCAGCAGCAGCUUAUGGGAGGCGCAGCAGCAGCAGCAGCAGCAGCAGCGGCUGCUGCAGGCUAUUGACGAGGCAGAGAAGCUUGCAAGUGAUGCCCUAGAGGCGCAGCAUCAGCAUCAGCAGCAGCAGCAACAGCAGCAGCAGCAGCAGCAGCAGCAAAGUGUUUGGGUGCCAGAGAUGGGGCCUUCGUGGAAUGUUGAGACACAUCUGCGAUCUCUAAGAGACUUCAAAGUUCGUGUCCAUUUAACGGCUGUAGGCGAAGCGCCGCGUCUUCGUUUAAAAGAAUUUGCUGUUGAUGGAUUUGAGACAUUUGCUGCUGUUGUUAAUUUCUUACAAAAAGCAUUAAAAAGGAGAGAAAUUCUAUACGCCGGCCUUCUGAGCAGCAGCAGCAGCAGCAACUGCAGCAGCAGCAGCAGCAUCAGGAGCUAG